AUGACGGUCGAAUGUGUGUGGUCUGUAUGCAAGAAAGUGGGAGAGAAUGGGUGGAGAAGGGGCAAAAAGGUGCGAGAACUGGCCGCAUCAAAGGGUCUCUGGGAUGACGAAAUGCAGCGGGAUCUACCUAAGAAAUGGGAGCGACAUGGAGAUAUGAUUGUAUUCCCUCAGAACUCUUUCACGCACAACAACUGGAGAUACAUC